AUGGAAGAAGCGAAAUGGUUAUACGGUAAGCAUACGCCAACAGUGGAAGAGUAUAUGAAAGUGGCACUUGUAUCCUCUGGUUAUACAAUGUUGUCUGUAACAUCUUUUGUUGGCAUGGGAGAUUUAGUUACGAAACAAAUGUGUGAUUGGGUCGUAAGCGAAUCACGAAUCGUGCGAGCAUCAUCGAUAAUAUGUAGGCUAAUGGAUGACAUGGUAGGGUAUGGGAAAGAAUCAAAGAUUACAGCUGUGGAAUGUUACAUGAAACAAAACGAUGCAUCGGAGGCGGAAGCUUUUGCAGAUUUUCGGGAACAAGUGAAGAAAGCAUGGAAGGAUAUGAAUGAAGAAUGGCUUCAAACAACAACAGCACCUUUGCGAGUAAUGAUGAAUGUCGUCAAUCUUGCUCGUGUGAUUAAUCUUCUAUACGUGGAUGAAGACGGAUAUACCAAUUCUAAAACCGAGACAAAAUACUUUAUAAACUACGUACUCGUCGAGCCCGUGAUAGUUUGA